AUGUACGUCUAUAGAGGAAGCCUAUUCGACUCGUCGUACGCAGUCAACGAAGCCAUCACUAUCGUCUUCCCCACCGAUUUCUGUCUCGGCGAGCUCGUGUCUGCCUUCUGGCAAUGGACAAAGGACGCUGAAGGGAAUGAGAAAGUAAACGUGUCCUACAAUGGCAUUAUCGACAGCGUCACAUUGGCAAAGAAGAUUGGCUGCUCCUAUGACCACUACUACAGAUUCGAUGUUACACUCGCCGCCGAUUUCAAAUCAUUGACCCUCAUGAUGUGCAGUCCCUCCAAUAAUACAUCUGCUACGUUCACUGGCACCCUACAGCUCAGCUACUCGGAACCUCCUUUCACGCCCAGGUGCCUCGUGUACGUGGGGAAGCUAGAUUGGCUCGCGUAUGCAAAGAACGAAAUGCUCACCGUCAUUGUGCCAUCGACUUUCAACGAGGGAGACCCUGUUUGUGUCUACUGGGAGCGGAACGAAUUUGUUACGUCUAUGGAGAUCCUAUCGGAGAGUGGGGACGGCAAAAAGCAGCUGGGUAUCCCGAUGAAUUAUUAUAGGUUUGACGGAUGGGUGAAUAGUAACAGGGACGCGAUUACGCUCACUAUGAGCACCCCUAGCACUCCUAGCACGGGAAAAUCGAAUCCCGUCACUUUGCGCUUGGCUAACGACUUGAUGACCCGCAAGAAGGCACUCAUUGCUCGCUACAACGUCGAUAUCGAUGGAGGUAUCAACGAUGUCCGUGACAUACUCGUUGAAACCCUUGGCUUUAUCCCCGGCAAUGUGGAAAUGCUCUAUUACGAUGUCGAGCCAUCUGGUAGGCCAUGCAAAACCCUGAGUGGGCAGGCCGCGCCAACGGCUGAGCGGUUCCAACAACGCUUCAUUUCCCUUGUUAAAGAUACCAAACCUGGAGACAUUCGCUUUGUGUACGUCGAUGCUCAUGUAAUGUCUGUCGAAAGGAGUUUCGAAGACAGCGAAAAGGGCCCAGCGUGGAAACUGGCCAAAGCAGAUGAUGGAAAGCAAGUAGAGCCUGUGCGAGGUGACUGGAUCGCCGAUACACUCAGACAGUAUCUGAACGCCGGAGCAAACUUGACCAUCUUGUGCUCCUCCUACCCCAUUGGGUUUUAUGGAAACCCACCGGGCGUGCUUCUCGCUGCGGUUCACGAGACCCAGAUCAACAUCAAGGCCGUAUUGGAGAAAGGUGGUGCUAAGGAUCCAUGGACCUUCGCGAUUCUGCGCGAGAUCGAGAAGACGUGGAGGCAGAAGAAGCGCAUGCCCUCGUAUACACAGCUCGUCAAUGAUGCGCGGUUACGCAUCAACUUUAUGCUCCAGGACGGUGGACUGGGGAGGUCGUACAAGGGUCCAAGCCCGGACCUCCGCAAACCGAUUGCCUGGCAGACGGGAGGGCCAACGGAGGGCUACCAGGAUCCUCAGUUGGUGUAUAAUGGGUGGUAUAUUGAUGCUGAUAGGGCACCGUUUUUGGGUCCGUUCCCUGUGCCUAUGGGUCAGAGUCUGUCGCCUCCGCAAAACCUUGGGCCGGUGCGUUACCCGCAUGACGAGUUGAAGCUAUAUUAG